UCGAGGGUAACUUAUCCGGCCCGGUGCCAUGUUUGACUUUUUUCUCUCCGUUGUUGUUUUAAGUGGGGCUCUGACCACUUGUUUGUGUUCUACGUUGUGCUAGAAAGGCGUUAGACGAAAGAUGGAAACCUGGGUGCUGCUUCUUGCGAUCUGCCUUCCUCAGUGGGCGUCUUCGUUGGUACAAGAAGUGAGACUUGUGGACGGAGACACGGAGAAUGAGGGAAGAAUAGAGUUACGGGACGGAGAUCAGUGGUACGCCGUCUGUGGCGCCGACUGGUCUGGGAACGAGGCGGCCGUGGCCUGCCGACAGCUCGGCUUCGGCGGCGUCAAGUCGUCCGUCGGCCUCACUUCGUCAUUCUUCGGAAGAGGCUCGUUCCCGAUAUACAGUACCUCUUUCACGUGCGCGGCAUCAGACGUGUAUAGUUUGACUGACUGUAACACCCACAGCAGCACCUGUGCACCAAACUCACACGUCGCCGGAGCUGUGUGUUUAGAGAAGAUCCGGCUGUGGGGCGGGCCGGUGCCACACCAGGGCCGGCUGGAGUUCUCCAGUAGGGACGGUAUCUGGGCACCUGUCUGCGGCACCAAGUGGGGCGAAGAGGAGUUCAGGGUCGCUUGUCGCCAUUUGGGAUUUCCCGGACUAGUGACGGGGGUCUGGGCACGAGAUCACUUCCCGAACGCCACGGGCGGGAUCAUACAGUACUCGCCGUCCUGUUCUGGGAACGAGAACACGCUGUGGGGCUGCGAAAGUCAGCUGGACUCAUGUACACAUUAUGACGACAUUGGACUCCUCUGUGAAUCUUCAGUGCGGCUGUCUGGAGGGUCGUAUCGUGCCCAGGGGCGUGUGGAGAUCUACCAUGACGGUACCUGGGGAACGAUCUGUGACGUUCCGAACAGACCGUCCUGGGAGCGCUGGUGGCGGGACAAGCAGGCCCGGGUCGUCUGUCAGGAGCUCGGGUACCUGUCUGCAGACGUCGUGUACGGGCCUGGCAGCUAUGGCGACGGGAACGACCUUCCAGUCUGGUUAAGCAAGGUCACCUGCCCAAACAACGACGAAAGGCGACUGAAGGACUGCAGCUAUGACUACUGGGGACUGCGUGACGUUGACGUCAGCUCCUGUAACCAUGGUUACGCCGUGGCAAUCAAGUGUUCCACAGGUGGGACGACGACUAACCCCAACUCCUCCAGUUCAAGCCAGGCUGUUCACAUUCCUGGCAUCACCCCCACCGAUCCACCAGAUUUGGAGACUCAGAACACAGCAAUGCCUUCUGGGAUGUCCAACUCUCCAUCUCUCAAUCAGCCAAGAUCACAACCACUAACUGCUGGUACAAUCGUAGGUAUCGUACUGGGUGCCCUGCUGCUUAUUGUGGUGCUUUUUGUUGUCCUUUUCAUCAUGAGAAGAAAGAGGAAAACCCCCUCUGAUGAGAAUGGCUCACCCCCUGCAGUGAAAGAAGAGAACGGUACAUACGCAGAUGUUACAGAACAAACGGGCCCAAAGUUACCCACAGAAGUCAUGUACAGGGAAAACAACACCACGCCCAACUUUGUCUACUUCUCCACGCGGCGGCCCCCUGACGGCAGCGACGUGAACUACAGCACCAUCGCCCAGCUGGAGGCUGCCAGGGCUGCCAACCACGCACUGCACUUACCGUCCCAGAGGAAAGGUGGCGCCGCUGCAAUGGAGCACACGCCAGACUUUGCUUAUUCAGCAGGCAGAGACAACGUAGAGGUAGCCAGAAGGAGGGAGAGUUCAGAACAGGAGACACAGCCAGCGCCGUUGGGAAACUACCACGCUUACGAUUCUAUAAACAGAGACAGUACCGGGCACUAUCCCAGGAGAGUAUCUUAUGAGUGCGUUGUUGUUGAUGAUCAGUCUGAUUAGCUAAUUAUAUAUAAAUCAAGUCCAAAAAGUGUACAGAAGGCUUCUGGACUGAGGUGUUCUGUGUAUUGUUAUCGUUUAUGUUGCAGUAGUACGUUUGUACUGAGGAUGUUUUUCUGUGGUAUGUUUGCACUUGCAGAGGGUAUUUUGUAUACUACUGCAUACAAUGUAUUUGUAUCUUGUACAUAUAUAUAUGCCACAUACACAAUAAAAGGUGCUAGUACACACAGGCACUCUUGCACAUCCACACAUAUAUACAUGUACAUACAUGUAUAUUAAUGUAUGAAAGUUUCAGUAUUGAAGUGAUAGGAAAUUGGUUUUCUAGGACAAUUAUCAUCAAAUUCAGCAGGAAUAUCUUCCAAAUUAUGCAAUACUUUGACUUAGAUAUGCAGGGUUUAGGUGUGACAAUCAUUCCAUGUCUUAUAAGUGGACACCUCUCAAAGUGUGUAAAGCUACUGUUACCAGUAUUCCAAAUGGUUGUUGUACCAGCUUUUGGCAAGUUUUGGAAAAUACUAUGUGCGUAUACGUAAAAACACUGAAUAAUUCCUCUUUUCUUCAAUUCCUUUGUUUCAUGUUGUAAUUUGUAGUGGAUGUUCUUGAACAUUCUUGAAAAAGUGUUAUUAUAUAUUUUGACUGUUGCCAAAAAUUGAGGAAGAUAUUUGUAUAUAUAUAUUUACAUGUUGAUCCUAAAUCAAUAAAUAAACAUAAGAUUUACCUCAGAAGGGAAUAAACAAGAUUUAUUUCUUCAAAACAUAUCGUCUACAUAUUCUGUUUUGUCUCCACCAAAAAUAAGAGGGGGUUACUCUUCUCAUUCCAUGGGGAAAGUGGCUGCAAAUGUAAUUAGAAAUGAGGAACACAUCAUUGUAAGAGAGGGCAGUGACUAUCACUUCAGCACUGUCAAAAAUAUCAACAAGGUACCCAAGUGUUACUUCUGCUGGCAUUGUCUUUCAAUGUCCACAGUUUUACUGUAAGAAACCUUGUGACAAAUACGACUUCAGAGCAAAACUCAAAGAACUCAAGCUUUCAGAAGUAUUACAGGAUAUUGUGUGUUUAACAAACUUCAACAGGAAAAUGGUUGAUAUUGAUAGUUACAAGAGGAGUCUCUAUGUCUUUGUGCUAAAAGGUGCAGCCAACUGUCCUUCCCCCUCCAGCUGCUAGAUGGCGCUCAUGGCUGGUCAUGCUUCCUCAGGCGCAGGUGGUGGAUUGAAUUUUGUAUCAUUCUGAGGGGGAGAAAGAGUGAGUUUGGAUUCAUCAUGUACAAACUGACAUUGCACACAGGCAGCAAAGGCAGAAAAAA